CUCCGACGCGCGCUCGUCGUGCACGCGCCCCGCACAGGAUGAUCUUGUUACACUGUAGCGCGGCGUAACUGUGCGUCAUAAAGAGGAAGAGCGUUUGAAUCAGGCGAUUAGAACGUUUUUAAACUUUUCAUCGGCUACCUUGAAAUUCUUCAGCUGCUCGAGAACGUUUGGAGCGCGGAGGAGCGAAGCUGAUUUCCGCAGCGGACGCGGGGGGGUUCGGUGUCGGUCCUGACCAUCGAGAUCCCCGUGGAUGACCUCCAGAACCAUGUAUCCGCACGGAAGACCUCAGGCUCCGCUGGUGUCAGGCCACGCCGGAGUGAAAUUCACCGUCCUGGAAACUCUCGACCAUAUAAAAGAGGAAUUCCAGCUGUUCCAGGCCCAGUAUCACAGUCUGAAGCUGGAAUGUGAGAAGCUGGCGAGUGAGAAAACCGAGAUGCACAGACAUUAUAUCAUGUAUUAUGAGAUGUCUUACGGGCUGAACAUUGAAAUGCAGAAGCAGGCAGAGAUUGUAAAGCGGCUCAGUGCUAUAUGCAGUCAGAUCAUUCCACUGCUGUCCCAGGAGCAUCAGCAUCAGGUCGCUCAAGCAGUGGAAAGAUCCAAACAUGUUAGCAUGGCCGAACUCAACGCUAUCAUCGGGCAGCAGCAGUUCCAGCAUCUAUCCCAUCAUGCCUCGGGCUUCCCUCUGACGCCACACCCCUCAGGACUGACUCUGGGAGCGGGUGCGAGCCUCAUGGCUCUUCCCGGGGGCUUCCCGUUCCCCCCGCACCUGAUGCCUAAAGAUGACCUCACUCACCCCGAGCCGCUGGACUCCAGAGAUGGAGCUCCGAACAGAAGCGGCAGCGGCUCUCCGGUGAGCCAUCGGUCUUCAGGCCUGCGUCUGGGUCUUCCUCCUCCUUCCUCUUCCUCAUCCUCUCACGCUGAUAUGGACAGUAAACGGGGCGGCGCAGACCAGAGCAGCACGGGACGAACACGACGGGAAAGUGGCGGUAAAAAUGAAGACACCCUCAGAAGAGACGGUACUAAAGAGAAAAGCGCGUCCCCCGCAGGAGUCUCUCCCAGAUCGACGGAAGGGAACGGACUGAGCAGCUCUCCGGUCCUCCGGAAGAAGCCAUCCAGAGAAGGCUCUUCUUCCCCUCGCUCUCAGCCGCGCUCGCCUCUCUGCAGGAGCCCCACUCGGGAGAAAGUGAGAUCUCCGUCUCCUCCAGCGUCCCAUGAAUCACUCUCUCCUGGCUCCCCAGCACCUCUCUCAUCCUCCGCCCGCGGCCCGUCUCCCGCUCUCAAACACUAGGACCCACUCCAACCCAUGGAGUGAGACUAGUGAAAGACAGCCGCUACCCCUCCCCAACCCACCCUUCCCAGAAUGCACAGGGCCAGUCCCAGAAUGCUCGGGCCUGGGCAUCAGGUGCCUUGUCAGAAGCCCUCCAUCCGUCCUCGUGGCCCUCCGAGCCGAACUCUGAGAGAACCGCAUCUGUGUUCUCCCACGCCGGGCGUAAUCAGCCAAUCAGCUGUCUGACAGCUCUGUCAGCCAAUGAGAAAGAAAGCUGAAGAUUCUGUGUCAUCUCCCACACAGAAAUGGACUGAGACGCACGCUUUUACUGCCAAUCUGAUGUCAAAACGAGUUCAGAACAAAGACAUGGGAACUUCUAAACCAAUGGACAUUGAGGUGUUCCUGUUAUAGCACCAUUUCACUUUCUCCCCGGAGCUUUUAACUCAGUGAAGAGCUGGAUUCACCCUUUCCCCUCACUGAAGCAGACUCAUUUGAGUGCAUAGCAUUAGUUUCAGACAGUAGUCCAAGAGAAAUCAUGCUGUUUUUGCUUGUACUAAACAUGCUUCUGUUGUUCAUAUAGGAAUACUCUCUUUAUGAUGCUAAAUGAAGCAAUAAAGCAUGAGAAUCUGUGCUGUGUUGUGAAUUAAAUCAUGGUCAAAGGAUGUUGUUAGUGUGUUUAUAUUCACAAAACAGCACGAUCUUAUGGUUAAUGCGUAAUAAAGACACAUUAAGUACACAAAGGUUGAUUAAAAUAUCAUUUUAUUAAACUAA